UCACUCGAGAACACCGAGCAAGCUAAACACGGAGCUCAAGACGAAAUGAGUGCUGACAAAGUGACAAGAGAUGGCAAACUAAAGAAUUUGGAAUGUCUCUUCACAUGGGACGUGGACAAAGAUGACAUCAACGACUUGAAGGGCAUCCCAGAGAAACUCCUGGACCGCAUCAAGUUCUGUCCUCGCAAGUACCACGCCACUUACUUCAACAUCCUGGCCUUUGUGAGUCACUUGCAGGGGAAGCCCGGCACCGCCCUUGCAUACCUGGGCAAGUCCGAAGCCGUGCUGAAGGAGGACAAGCGAGAUGAGGCGGACUUCCUGGUCACCUACUCCAGCUUCGCCUGGCUGCACCAUCACAUGGGCAACCUGGAUGACAUGGAGACUUACCUAGGCAAGGUGAAGAGCACAGGUGAGGGCAGAGAGGUCACCGUGGAAGCAGAGAAAGGGUGGAGCUUCAUAAGGUUGGGGGCUAAGUUCUAUCCAAGGGCCAAGGAGAGCUUCCAGAAGGCUCUGAAAGCCAAGCCUGACAGUGUGUCCUACAACGUGGGCUAUGCAGUGGUCCUUUACCGAUUGGAGGAGCUCGUCAGGACGGAUUUUAAGGUCGCGCCCGAAGACAGUCUUGCAGCCAAACAGUUACAGAGAGCCUUGGACCUUGACCCUGCCGACGCUGAGGUGAUGGUCCACUUAGCCCUGAAACUCCAAGGCUUUAAUCCUUUGAAAUGCAGAGAGCUGAUACGCAAAGCCCUCAUGAAGUGUCCAGACAGUCCCCAGAUAACCAGGUUCACUGACACAUACUUUAGGAGAGAGGGUUUCACUGAGGAAUCCCUAGAAAUCCUCGAGGAGGCCGCCAAGAGGGCUCCCAACUCCUCCUUCCUCUACCACCAGAUGGGUCUCUGCCACUGGCAAAACAUGAUCGAUAUGAAGAAGUCCUGCGGGUGGAGGACCGGCACCCCACAGGUCAAGGCCGCCAUUGCCGAAACCAUCCGUCUCUUCCGAAAGACCGUGGAGCUGAAGCCGUCAAACACCUACGCCUGGGUGCACCUGGCGGAAGCCUAUGGAGAAAGCCAACAGCUGGAGAGGGCCGAGCCCAUUUUCACCAGGCUGCUUUCAGACGAGUCCCUGAGCGAUGCAGAGCAACAGCACUGCCACAACAAGUAUGGGAGUUUUCUAAUGUACAGGAGGAAGAACCACGCCAAGGCCAUAGAGCAGUUCAAGAAGGCGUACAAGAUCAGGAUCGACAGCAGAGACCGGAGUCAGGCUCGGGAGAAACUUGUGAAGUUAGCGGGCCAAAAGUCUAAAAUGAGAGCCCAGGAGGGUGACAACAUCUUGGCUUUUCUGUCUGCAGUAGACAAGCAGGACAGGCAGCCAGCUCCAGCAGCAGCAGCAGCAGCAGCAGCAGAAAAUGUCAAGGGGCUUGCUGACAGCUUCCAAACAAAGAUGACUUUAUAA